UUGUUUUAUUCUUCCCAUCUAUUGCUCGCCUCCAGGCUGCACCUAUUUUGAUUCGCAUCUCUGUUUCCCUCUACGCCGGUUCUUCUAUUAUUGGGAGCCCCCUCUGCCUUGAUCGGAGAUGGAAGGAGGAUCGCCAGCGACGACAUCGGCUUUAGAUCGGAUUCUAGUUUGAUUGCAUCUUGGGGUCUACCUUACUCGUGAGCUUGAACUACAAUGCAAUAUAAAAUGUGGAAAAGGUAUGGAGUGUGCUAACAGUCAGAAGAUAUCAUGUUGCAGUGCCUAGAAUGGUUUGAGCAUUUCAUUGCUGUCCUAGGAAAGUGCUGUGAUCUUGAUUUGUAUCAGCCCAAAGAACUCAAGGAUCCAGAACAGUUAGCUAGGGAAACAGUGUUUAGUGUAAGUGAAAUAGAAGCAUUAUAUGAGCUGUUCAAAAAGAUUAGUAGUGCUGUGAUUGAUGAUGGACUAAUCAAUAAGGAAGAAUUUCAGUUGGCACUAUUCAAGACUAGAAAGAAGGAGAGCUUAUUCGCUGAUCGGGUGUUUGACUUAUUUGACACAAAGCACAAUGGAAUUCUAGGAUUUGAAGAGUUUGCACGUGCACUGUCUGUCUUCCAUCCUAAUGCUCCUAUUGAUGACAAAAUUGAUUUCUCUUUCAAGUUAUAUGACCUGAAGCAGCAAGGUUUCAUUGAAAGACAAGAGGUUAAGCAAAUGGUAGUUGCAACACUUUCUGAGUCUGGAAUGAAUCUUUCAGAUGAUGUGAUAGAAAGUAUCAUUGACAAGACUUUUGAGGAGGCUGACACAAAACAUGAUGGAAGAAUUGAUAAAGAAGAAUGGCGUAGUCUUGUCUUGCGGCAUCCCUCUCUUUUAAAAAAUAUGACUCUCCAAUACCUCAGGGACAUCACAACGACAUUUCCAAGCUUUGUUUUCCAUUCUCAAGUUGAUGAUACAUAAGGCCACGCUACAUGUUUGGGAAGAAACGCUUCUCGUUGUCGGCUUGUACAGCUCGGCUGCAUAUGUUUCUUAUUUUUCCAUAUGUAAAUCAUUUAAGAAUAAUGUCGAUAAGUUGGAGUAUUUGUCGCUUCGAGGAAAUCUAGUAUGGUGACAUUUGUUUAGCGACUUCAUUCAUAUGAGCCUAUCCGCGGAGGCUGAGGUUUUGGUUCGUUACAAUGAUUUGUUUUUUUAAACUCAGGAUGCAGGUGCUUGCUUACAUGAACAUGAUUAGGAAUUUAGGAUUGUGAUUUAAUGUAAGAAGAGAAUAUCGUUAUUAUUAUGACCUCAACAGACAUGGUGUUAAUUACUUGUA